AUGGGAAAGGAUUGCGCCAGUGGCAUCUUCAGUCCGACGUGUUUGAAAAUAGAAGCAUUAUCCUUGCUUGAAAAAUUAAACACUAAAGAAGAAGUGAACCUCCUGCCAGGAUUGAGUUUAGUGAAAGACCCUAGCAAGGAGAAUGGUAGCAAAGCCGAAGAGUUUGCAGCUGAAUUGGCGAGAGCUUUGCCGUCCAAACCCGAUGAACGUCUCGACAAAUACCUACUGUUCAGAUUGGGAAGUUACUUAGAUACUCAUUCAGUGAAGUUGAGGCUGUUGGAUGAUAGUGCUACGGAGGAAGCCAGGGCCUUGAUUGGUGAAGCGAGAGGCAAGGGAGGCGUCCUCGGGGGAGGGAAGAAAGGAGGCAUGGGAGGACUUAUGGCUAUGGCGUUGAUGAUGAAAGGUACCCUAAUGUCAAUCGGUCUCGGCGGCCUAGCAAUGUUGGCUGGUAAGGCUCUAAUGACAGCAAUGAUGUCCCUCCUCCUCUCAGCCAUCAUCGGCAUCAAAUCGCUGUCAUCAGGCCAAAAAUCCACUACUUACGAGAUUGUCUCGAAACCUAUAUAUAGCCACUCCCAUAGUCACUCCACUGCCCACGAGGAUGUGGGCGCAUAUGGGCAUUCUGGGUACGGGAGAAACUUAAACGUAAGAAGACGUUGA